GGGGGAAUCGACUAAUUCCUUUUUAAAUUCCCAUUAAAAUCCCCACUCUCAUGCCCUCUCCCCAUUAAAAUAUCUUCUCUGCUGUGCCUGAGUCAAACGGCAAUGGCGGCCGCUUCGAUUGGACACGCUUAUUUGGGGGUUUCUGGAUCUGGGUUUUUCUCAGCGGAGAAGAAUUUGAAGAGGGUUUGGAUUAGAUGCUGCUCUCCUUCUGUUGAUGGCGCUUCUUCUUCCUCUUUGAGGAAUCGGCGGCCAAGAGUUAUUGGUAUGGGCUCCAAGCUUGUUGGAUGCGGGUCGGCUGUGCCAAAGCUUCAGAUUUCUAAUGAUGAUCUUGCAAAGAUUGUUGACACCUCAGACGAAUGGAUUUCUGUUCGUACUGGGAUUCGUAAUAGACGAGUUAUUACAGGAAAUGAAAAUGUAAAUGCAUUGGCUGUUCAGGCAGCUAAGAGUGCUCUUGAAAUGGCUGAAGUUGAGGCUGAGAAUGUCGACCUGAUCAUACAGUCCUCAUCCACCCCAGAUGAUCUCUUUGGAGGUGCUGCUCGGAUUCAGAAAGAUUUGGGGUGCAAGAAUGCCUGGGGCUUUGACAUUACAGCAGCGUGCAGUGGGUUUAUAAUGGGUCUCAUCACAGCCACACGGUUCAUUAAAGGCGGUGGUUAUCAAAAUAUUCUAGUGAUUGGAGCUGAAGCUUUAUCACGGUUUGUGGAUUUUACCGAUAGAGGAUCAUGCAUUCUCUUUGGUGAUGCUGCUGGUGCUGUUUUACUUCAGGCUUGCAGUGCCGACGAAGAUGGUUUGCUUGGUUUUGACUUGAACAGCGAUGGCUCUGGCCAAAGGUUCUUGAAUGCCCCAAUCAAAAAGAUAGAGCCCGAAGCGACCUCAAGCACAAAUGGUUCGCCGAUGUUUCCUCCGAGAAAAUCAGCUUACUCUUACAUACAAAUGAACGGAAAAGAGGUCUUCCGUUUUGCUGUCCGUUCUGUGCCACAAACUCUCCAGGUCUCACUUGAGGAGGCUGGCCUCACGAGUUCUAAUAUCGACUGGCUUUUGCUCCAUCAGGCUAAUCAAAGGAUCAUAGAUUCAGUGGCCACUCGCUUGGGGAUCCCACAGGAGAAGAUAAUAUCGAAUCUAGCAAACUAUGGAAACACGAGCUCCGCAUCGGUACCUUUGGCAUUAGACGAGGCUGUAAGAAGCGGGAAGGUGAAGGCCGGCGACAAAAUUGCCACCGCUGGCUUUGGAGCUGGACUCCACUGGGGAUCAGCAAUCUUGAGGUGGAGAUGAGGAUUCAAAAACAUAUUCAGAUGCGUAGUAAUCACAGUUAGUCUUCAAGUUUGUUCCUGUAUUUGUACAUUUUUUUUUUAUUUCCUCUUGUUUGUUAUUUCUUUAACAUAUUCUUCCUGCGCUGACGACGUGUUAUUCAUCCCACAUUGUUACCUAAUAUGGAGAAAACUUGAUUACCAUGAGAGUGAUAUUCUUCUGAUUAGUCUUCUAUUAUUCUUAUUUAUCGGCAAAUGUGACAUGUUUGA